UUUUUUUUUUUUUUUUUUUUUUUUUUUUUUGGGUGAGAAAGGUUAGAGAAGAUAGGGAAGAUGAACAUUAAGAAACUCAAGAUAUGUGAAUAUUAAAAAUUUAGUUUUUUAACCCUAAAAAAGAACAAUGCUUAUGUGAUGUAUAAUGUAGUAUGAAACGGAAGUCAAAUAAUAUAUUAAACUAAAUAUGUGUAUGUAUAUAUGAUAUAAAACAACAUAUCAUUUUUAUAUGUUAUUCAAAUAGAAGGGUGUUAUUGGGUACACUUUAAAUUUUGCUCAACCCUGAAGAUAACCGAUAAAACGGCCUCAAUUUUAUUGUUUGCUUUAGGCCUCUAAAAACAUUGAGCCGGCCCGGUCUAAAUGGGAUUUACGACGGUAGCCUGUCUGUACGUAGACAACGAUAACCACAUAAAGUUGAAGGUCACAAGUCAGAAUAUUUGAUAAUGAGGACGGAAAUUCAGCCAUAAAAUCCCAUUAUUUUUCGAUUCAUCACUUGCAAUAGCAGCAGACCAUGUCGAAUUUCGUUCGUCUUCUUUCUGUUAUUCUUAUCAUUAUUAUGGUGAUGAAUAACAAUGCAUACGGUGUUGUUGACGACUACGUACGACAUGAUUUUCCACCUCAUUUUGUUUUCGGUGCCGGAAGUUCUGCCUACCAGGUUGAAGGAGCGGUGUUGGAAGAGGGGCGUACUUUCAGCAUUUGGGACACUUUUGCUCAUUCAGUGUUAAUUUUCCGGAUCCAAAAUAUCAGGCUACUAUAAUGGAGCAAAUGGUGAUGUAGCAUGUGAUGGGUACCACAAAUACAAGGUAUAUAUCAUGAAGACAUUGAACUUAUGGCGGACACAGGUCUGGAAGCUUAUAGAUUUUCCAUCUCUUGGUCCAGACUCAUCCCAAAUGGCAGAGGAUCUGUGAAUUUAAAGGGAUUACAAUACUACAAUGAUUUCAUCAACAACCUUAUCAGCCAUGGUCAAGAAUACAACCACAUAUUACAUUACAUCAUGAUGAUCUACCACAGAUUCUCGAAGACGAAUAUGGAGGAUGGCUUAGUAGAAAAGCGGAAAGACUUCGUUGCAUAUGCUGACGUUUGCUUCAGAGAAUUUGGCGAUAGGGUUUUGCAUUGGACUACUUUUAAUGAAGCUAAUGUAUUUACUUUAGGUGGUUAUGAUGGGGGUUUCUCGCCACCUGGACGAUGUUCCUACCCAUUUGGGGCAACUAAUUGUGCUAACGGUGACUCCACAUCAGAACCGUACAUUGUAGGUCACCAUUUGUUGUUGGCACAUGCAUCAACUGUAAGGCUCUACCGAAAAAAAUACAAGGCCACGCAACAUGGUUUUGUUGGAAUAAAUAUCUAUGCCUUUUGGUAUGAACCAAAUACAAAUACAACUGAAGAUCUGAAAGCUACCGAAAGAGCACAUGAUUUCUACGUGGGCUGGUUUUUGAAUCCAUUGGUGAACGGGGAUUACCCAGAAAUAAUGAAGAAAAACGCAGGCAAUCGAAUGCCAAAUUUUACCAAACAUGAAUCAGAGAGGAUCAAGGGUUCAUUUGACUUUUUUGGCAUAAACCACUAUAGCACAUUAUAUGUCAAGGACAACCCCGGAGGUCUUGAAAUGGAGAUCAGAGACUUCAGUGCUGACAUGGCGACAACGCUUCUAUUCAACGGAACAGAAGUCAAUCCGAGUCAGUUUGAGGUGGAUCCAUUGGGUCUGCAAAAGCUCCUUAACUAUCUGAAGGAAAAAUAUGGAAAUCCUCCUAUUUACAUCCAUGAAAAUGGCCAAGUACAGCCACGUAACGGAACAUUGAUCGACACCCCAAGGGUAGAGUACCUGCAUGCCUAUAUUGGUGCUUUGUUGGAUGCACUAAGGAAUGGAUCGAACACAAUGGGAUAUUUUGCCUGGUCUUUUUUGGAUCUUUUUGAGUUGUUAGAUGGCUAUAAAACCGGUUAUGGUUUGUACUAUGUCGACUUGGAUGACAAUGAGUUGACUCGAUAUCCUAAGCUUUCUGCACACUGGUACGCCGGAUUUUUGAAAGGAAAGAACAUGAGUGGCAUUUUUGAAAAUGUGGACGUAAAAGACACAUUCUCUUCCAUGAUGUGGGCAACACAUGAUCUGGUCUGAUGCGGCGCCUUAUACGGUUGACCCAAUAUUUGAACAAAUUAUUCCAAGUUUUACACAGAUAUAAAAUUUAUGUCU